GGUAUAUGACUCAAAUGCACACGCCAGAUACCGAAGUUAUAGUGGCGCAUAGCAGUACGCAUCACGGAAAGCCUUUUUCCCAUGUACAGAAUCUGAUGCCAUGUACGUAACUCGGUUAUAUUUCUUAAAUGAAUGAAAUAGCAAAACGAGGUAUGCGGAAGCUUGAAAUAAGAUAAAGGGACCAAAAAACAAUAUUUUCAUACUUCUUAUAUCAAGCACCAAGCUAUAUUUGUCUGUUUCAGAUUUGCCUCUUUUUGGCUGACAUAACUUUUAUAGUUUUAUUUUAUGGUUGGAGCACCAGUUUGAAUGCGAUGCGCAAUAUUUCAAUUAAUUGUAAAAUAGCAGCAAUGAUGAGCUUUAAAAAAAAAAUUUUAAAAAAAAAAACACUUCUAAAAUAUCAAAAUUUUAAUUGUAUACCAAGUCAUGUGGUGCUAUUGUGUUAUUACAAGCUAAAAGUCGUGGAUAAUCAUAACAUGCAGCUAUUUUCUAUUACAAAAUAAGAUAAAAGAAAAAAAAUACAAACAUCAUUAUCUCCCCUAGUAUAAAAAAUAAUGUUUGUCAUUUGAUUUUAAAAAGCCAAAAUGCGCCAUUUUUAUUUGAAUUAGGGAUUUAUUAAAAAAAAAAUAAUGAUCCCAUCGCAAAUAAGACUCCUAAUCAAAUCAUGAUCAAAGAUUAAAUCAAUUAAGAACUGCCGACAAUGUGUGUUUCCCAAAAGUCGUUGUCUUUUAACAGUGUUUACUUGAACGCGUGUCUUUCAGCUAUGAUGACAUCGGACGCCUCUGUGAUGUCACGGAUGAUACAGCAAGAAGAGGAGGAAGUCAACAAGAUCGUGGGCCAAAUUAAAGGAAAACUAACUCAGUCUGGUGUAAGUUUUGGAAAAAGAGGGGGGGGGGAGGGGACAACUUCGUGAUUAUUGUUAAUUGUUAGUGUGUAUCACUGUCCAGCGGCAUAGGAAAGGGGUAGCGGAAAAGGGGGGGGGGGCGGUCCGAUUUUUUUUCUUUAUUUUAAAGGGGGUCAUUUUCGGCCAACUGCUGAGGGUUUGUUGUUUGUUUUUUUUUUGGGGGAGGGGACAACUUCGUGAUUAUUGUUAAUUGUUAGUGUGUAUCACUGUCCAGCGGCAUAGGAAAGGGGUAGCGGAAAAGGGGGGGGGGGCGGUCCGAUUUUUUUUCUUUAUAUUAAAGGGUGUCAUUUUCGGCCAACUGCUGAGGGUUUGUUGUUUGUUUUUUUUUUAGUGUAAAGGGGCCCUAGGCGGUAGGCAACUACCAUAGCUACGCCAGUGUCACAUCUGUUUCUUUUUUUUUUUUAUUGCUUGACCCAGAGUCAACCGACCUGUCUUGUCAGAUUUUUUUACGAAGUGAUCCUUAGAAUUUUACACACCCACACACACAAAUAGCCAAAGUACGCCAAUAUAAUGUUAUUUACUUUCUUGUUUUUCUAAUUGUGUCCCUUGUCCAAUGAAGUUUGCAUCCCAGGAAAACCCAGGUGAAAACUUAAGGUGACAUUUACGCUUUAGUGAAAGAGGAUACCUGUAUUCGCAGUGAAUCUAAUGAUUUUUUAAAAAAUUUUUUGAAACAGGUCAAGGGCAAACUUCUCCGGCUUUCCGGUGAGCCUGGAGCAGCAAUCGUGCAGGCAGCGAUGGAACACAAAGUUCAUUGCAUCGUCACCGGAUCACGUGGUUUAGGAACAGUGAGGAGAACUUUGAUUGGUUCUGUGUCGGAUUACAUCCUUCAUCAUUCAAACUGUCCGGUUUUAGUGUGCAGACAUAAAGAAUCCGCUGAUUAGGGGAAAGGAAAGGGGGGGGGGUUGCAGUUAGGUCCAAUACCAAUCGCUAAGCCAGCAGUUUUAUGGAAAAUCACUUUAUUUUUGAAACGUUUUUAAGAGAGCAGUGUGAAUUGGAUAAAAUCCUUUUAUCGAUUCCUUGUCUUUAUAAUUGAUUAAAAUGAGGAUUGGUAGGCUACAGACGAGCACUAUAUUUUGGUGGGAAAGUGAACAAACCCUAAAAAGUCUAUGUUUUUCCAUAUAAAUCCUUUAUAUGCUUUUCUGCUUGCAUUUAUGUAAUUGUACGUGAUUAAUCAUUUAUGUGACUUGUAGCAACUAGUUAUUGGUAUGGGGAUGGUUUUUAUUUAAACUCAGUGCAUGUAAAACCAAAAAGACUAAAGAUACCGUAUAUUUAAAUCCAAAUACGUCUCAAAUACAAAGCAUAUAGCAACAGCUACACUAUCUCCACACCAAAAUACGCACCCAAAGAACAAAUCAUAUUUCAUUCAUCUUCCCCUUGAAAAAAAAGGGAAAACUUUUUAUUUUUUUGUUGUUAGGAGUGGGGGGGGGGGUGGUGGUGUAAAAUUGGACCGAUUAUUACUAACUGAACAAUUGACCAAUUAUCACUAACUUAACAAUUGACUGAUUAUCACUAUCUGAACAAUGGACUGAUUAUUACUAACUGAACAAUAGCUUUAUCAUGAUUAGUACAAUGGACUAAACAUUGCUUUCAAACAAGUAUUAAAAAAAAAAUUUUAAAAAUGGCACUUUUUGAAACUAAGAAAAAAAGUCUAAAUCCACUGAAGACAGAACAAAAAGUGGAGCUAUUUUUUAAUAGAAUAAAGACUGUGAUAAAAUAAUAAUGAUGGCUGUAAAUUCCAUAAUAUGUAUACUACAAUGUAAUGUCAAUUUUUCACAUGUCAGGUUUUGGAGGGUGAUUUAAUAAGCAUUUGUUCUACUUUAUGAAUAGCAUAAAAUGAGCAUUCUGAUGAUAAAAUUAUGUAUUGAAUUUCAAACUGCCAGCAGAGUUCAUGCAGGAAAUAUACACUGUGAGACUCUAACACUGACAUAAAAGUAAUAUGUGCAGCAAAAUGUUGUUGGUUCAAAGUUAAAUGACUUUGUCACCAUCAAGGUAUGCAGUAAAUGGCUGUGUGUGUGUAUAUUAAUAAAUGUUAUUUGGUAAUGAAAUCUGUAGCAUAGUAUGAAGCUGAAAUGAAUUCACUAAUGCACAUCAAGUGUCAGAAAUUAAUAUUUAGAUGUCUGCACCAUAGAUGUCUGCACCAAGAUUUGAAAAUAGCUGAUGUAAAUAAUGUCUGUCUUACAUUUAUAUUUAAAAAUUAGAAUUUAAGAUUUUUUUUUCAAUUACAUUAUUUACUUUUUUCAAUAUAUUUUUAAAAGCCUAACUCCUGGACAAGUUGCUAAAAAUGUUUGAGUAAGUUUAAAAUCAGUAGGCAGGCAUGUGUAUUAUUUUAAUUUGUUGAUUUUAAUGCUAUUAAAUGACUUAACCGAGCACAUAACUUCUUGGUUGACAGUGGGGG